CAUGAGCAGAAGAGUGAGGACCUGAACUGCAAAAUAGAGAGGGAGAGAAUAAUACCAAAGUCACGGAUAGUUGCCAGGAGAACUUUGCUGAAGUACGACUUGUUUCUCAUCCUCUCAGUUCAAGCGGAAGAUUUUCAGCACCAUGGACAGCAUCAGGGUCCGCGCAGUCUUCUACCUGGGCGUCUGUCUGUCUGUCUUCAGUGUUGAUUGCCAGGAGCAGAUGUCACCCGAUAACAUACUCUCUUCACAAGAGGAACAAUUUCCACUGGGAUAUGUCACCAGACAUUUGGCUGAUGUGCUCGAGGGGCUUCUAGAAGGCGGGCAGCAAGACAACAUGAUAGGUCUAUCAGUGGAGAAGAAAGCAAGUCUCAUUCCACGGUGUGAUGUUGGAGAGCGGUGCGCUAUGAAGCACGGGCCGCGCAUCGGAAGGCUUUGUGACUGUCUGCGAGGCACCGCAUGCAACACAUUCUUCCUGCGUUGUUACUGACCCGGGUCACAGACCUUUCCCCUCAGGCGCACAACAUUUCCGAGACCCAGGCUUGUGAUACGCCCAUGCACCUGUACCGUUACCAAUGUAAAUGUCAGUCUGCAUGUAUGACUGUCUUGAAUUCCUUUGUCUUCUGGAAGUAUAAACAAAUGUAUUUAUUUUCGUUUAAUAAAACAUCUCCAUAAAGCUCCACGCAUCCUCUUGCAUUGU